AUGUUGGGGUUGAUUCCCGUCGGAAAGUUUACCUCCAAUACAUUUGUCAUCUCCGAAGCCGGAUGGUGCUGGAUUGGUCGAGAACAUGAGACGGCACGCCUCUGGGUUCAUUACUUGUGGAUUUUCAUCGCCGAAUUCGGAACCAUCGUCAUCUACGGAAUUAUGUUCUUCUAUUUACAGCGUCGUAUGAAGCAGGCUGCGAUGCUUCGGCAAAACCAUCAGGAAAAUUUAAAGCGUCUGAAUCGAGUCGUCAUUUACAUGGUUAUCUAUCCUUUGGUGUACCUUGUUCUUUCGCUUCCAUUGGCAGCCGGGCGUAUGUCUACUGCCCGACAUAUCAUCCAGAGCCGCACAUACUUCGCUGUUGCUGGAUCUCUGAUGGCACUUUCUGGCUUGGUCGACGUGCUCGUUUACACUCUGACCCGUCGACACCUUCUCCUCGAGACGGAAAUCAGCACUUCGGACAAGAUGUAUCCUUACUCCAACUCGAACGCGUAUCAAACGCAUAUAACAACCGCAACGAGAGAGAACAAACGGUUUCGUGUCGGAUCUCGCCUCCGUCGUGGACUACAGAGUGUCAACGAUACCGUCAACGACGACCGUGGUGAUUCGACCGAAGACAUUGUUCGCAAGGGCGACAUGGAGCUGGUCGACAUGGGCCAUGGUGUGUACCAGGAGACGACGAUUGAGAUUUCGCAUGAACCAGCAGACCCCGAAGAGUACCGGAGAGAGCGCAGAAGCGAGUAA